AUGGCCAACAUCAAAGAUCUGAACAUGCAGUGUAAGAUUACUGAGCUGCGAAGCGCUGAGUUGCAGGAAAAGUCGCAUCGAGAAAAGAUGUUUUGGACUACCUUGGACAAACGUUUCGGCACUAGCAAGCCAGAAGUCAUCAAGGAAGAGGCUAGUAAGGCAGAAAUUCCGCAAAUCAGGCAGCGCGAGCAAGACACAAGUACAAUGCCGCAUGCGUCUUCAAGCAUUGCCUACAUGGGCCUGAGCAUGGAAUUGAGCGACAUGCUUCCACAAGAGCUUCGCGACAUCAUAUACGAGGAAAUCAUGCCAAGUCACGUCGUAGUCAGAAAAGCUAAAGCUGGCGGUAUAAUUUUCGAAAAUGAGGAAGAUGGAAAACGCUUCGACCUCGCCCAUCACAAGGGCUUAGGCGAAGAAAUCUACCUAGAGUUCGUUGCGCGCUUCUAUCGCACAACGCAAUUCACAUUCGAACUUCCAAGUGAAGAAGAGAACAUAGCCCUGUUUCUCGCUUCAGACACAUCCGGACUACAGCUUGACCUAAACAAGCUAGUCUCAAAAAUCUCGCUUGAUAUCAACGAGCGCCACUUCACAAAGAUGGAGGAGGCAGGAUAUGAAUUUGGCUUCGACACGCCGUAUACAAGAGCUUCGCCGCCACUCACCGAGCUUUCGAUGCAGCACAAAACUCGCAAAAUGGGUCUCAAGCGGCGCCUUGAUUUCCUCACCACUUUACUGCCGAUGAAAAGCAAGAGUCGCAUUCUUACAGUCGUGAUAGAAUACGAUGUGAGGCAUAGGAAUUAUCUGCUUAAUAUCCUGCUGCCGAUCCUCCAAAAGCUCAAGAGCAAGGGCUGGAGGCUACGGCUGAAGCUUGAGGAUUACAAGACAGCGUCGGGUCAAUGCGCGAGUUUUACUGAGGACACGCUGGACUUCACAACGAAAGGCUGUUUGGAAGGUGUGCAGAAGUGGCUUCAGGUUAGUAAGAUAGAUGCAGUGUGCAUGAUCAGCACUGACUUGAUCACAUAG